AAUGCACACACACGCAUGCAUGCAUGCACGCACAUAUAAAGGCAUCCAAGUUGAAAUUGGGACUCAGCUGAACACAGUCCUGCCGUGUGGGAAGACACCAAAGAAAACUGCAGCACGCCAAGACAAAGUCUGACCAGCUUUACCGAUUACAAAACAAACAUGCACUUUGCCCUUGGCGUGUUACUCUUGUGCGGCGGCGGCGGCAUCAGUGGAAGUUGGGCCGCUUCCAUCAAAAUAGGACGUCAUUGCCCUGCCGGCUGGACUCAGUUGGACACCCGCUGUUUCAUCUUCCAAAACGAGCCAUUAAGUUUCCGUCUUACGGAGACUGUCUGCAACAUUCUCGGCGGAAACCUGGUUUCCAUCCACAGUCAACUCGAAAAUGAAGUAGUCCGCCACGUGAUUCUGGCGGGGGCUGGCUCUUUUGCGCGGACCUGGAUUGGACUAUAUGACCGGAUCGAGGAUGGAGAUUAUUUAUGGACGGAUGGCUCAGAGGCUGACUUCUUCGACUGGGGGACUAACAGGCCAACCAUGAACACAAAUGAAGACUGUGUCGAGAUCAACUUCCAAAAUAAUCGGUGGAAUGAUCGCAACUGUCGUGAUCGUCUACCCUUCGUGUGUGCAAAAGAUCUGAAUCACUUUUAAGAUGCAUUCUUGUUCUGCAAUGUCAAUGGUUUGGAAAUGCUAUCAAAUGGUUUGUGUGUAUCAUUUUGCAGAGGGGAGCAGCUGUGAUUGAGUGUCUUUGGAAUAUUUGCAUACAAUCAGGUGUAAGGGUUAGAUUGUGCUUUUUGCUUCCAUAGCACUGAUGAUCAUUGGAGCGUUUGUGAACACAGUAAAUGAAACAAGAAACUCUUUCUAGAUUCAUUCUUUAGAAUGCUUCUCAAGUCUGUUUGAGCCUAUCCUGUUUGACCUGACCAGAGCAGAGCAAAAUAAAACAAUGUGCGUACUCUCUCUAUGAUGAUCAAAGUCAAAAGUCAGAGUCAAAGUCA